UAUGAAAACCCAUGGACAAUACCAAAUAUGUUGUCAAUGACGAGAAUUGGCUUGGCUCCAGUUUUGGGCUAUUUGAUCAUUGAAGAAGAUUUUAAUGUGGCACUAGGAGUUUUUGCUUUAGCUGGGCUAACUGAUUUGUUGGAUGGAUUUAUUGCUCGAAACUGGGCCAGUCAAAAAUCAGCUUUGGGAAGUGCUCUUGAUCCACUUGCUGAUAAAAUACUUAUCAGUAUCUUAUAUGUUAGCUUGACCUAUGCAGAUCUUAUUCCAGUUCCACUUACUUAUAUGAUAAUUUCAAGAGAUAUAAUGUUGAUUCUUGCUGUUUUUUAUGUCAGAUAUCGAACUCUUCCAGAACCGCGAACACUUUCUAAGUAUUUCAAUCCUUGCUAUGCUACUGCUAGGUUAAAACCAACCUUCAUCAGCAAGGUAAACACUGCAGUCCAGUUAAUCUUGGUAGCAGCUUCUUUGGGAGCUCCGGUUUUCAAUUAUGCUCACGGCUUUUAUCUUCCGAUACUCUGGUGUUUUACAGCUUUCACCACAGUUGCAUCAGCUUACAGUUAUUAUCGUUACGGUCGGAAAACUGUUCAGGUGAUAAAUGGCAGAUGAAGGUCAUCCGCCAUCAUUAGCAAGGAAGCAAUAUACAUCAUUGGCAGCAGGGCCAGUGGAAAUGUACAGGAGUCUCCCUACUUUGAAAAAGGACUUGUCAGAUCAAACCAUGUCAUCAGUAUUUAAUGUGCAUUGAAAAUAAGCUUGAUCAUGGGCAUAUGCAGAAUUUCCAAUGUAUUUUUAAAUACAAAUAAAACUAUCGUUUAGAAUUUUUUACCUUAGGUUUCUUGAUUAACUUAUAAGGAAUCAAUUCCAAUUAUUGUCAGUCAUUUUUUAAUAUUUUUUUUAAAAAGUAGUGUCCAGAGCAUGGAAACUGGAGAAUUGCCACUUCUCUUUAAUAGAACUUAGAUCGCUCACAAAGCAUUGGGGAAUUUCCUAGGUUUAAAUAUAUGUAGCCUACACAAGGUGGCUAUACAACUUUAAGUUUAAUUUGAUCAGUAUGUAUAUUAACAGUUAAUGUGGUUAAUAUUUGAUCAUUUAGGCUAAUGACAAUAAAGGUACCUUAGUUGUAGAUGAAGUAAACUUGUAAAGAGAUUAUAAAGAUCAAAAUAGAAGGUAUUGAAGUUCAUGUUCAGUAGUCUUCCAACCUCUCAGGUGCCUAAUAGUUUUUCAGGAUAACAAGUAACAGAAGUAGUUGGAAUAAUAAAACAUAUCCAUGAGCCUACACCCUCCAAGAGGCAGUGAAUUAUAGCAUGCCUUCCCACUGUAUUUCUAACAUGGCAAUGUUUGUAUGAUAUUGGAAUCUGUACUCAUAUGUAUAUAAUAUAAAACUGUAUUUUUUAAACUUUGGGGAAUAUUCUUUUGUUAAGAUGUUAAAAGAAUAAAAAAUCUGGAAAACAGUA